UGCACCGACACACACAACUUCCAGCACCCGCCAGCUGGGCCAAAAUGGGGAUUAGCAAAGCCGCCUUCCUCUUUCUUGUCUUGCUCAGCUCAGUGCAAGGAAACAUACUAGACAGCUAUGUGAGAACAGAGGGAGCUUGGCUGCUUAACCCAAGGAAGCAAAUUUAUAGAACAAAUAGUAAAGAAGAAUGUGCAGAGCGAUGUGAAACUGAAAAUAAAUUUACUUGCAGGGCCUUCUUAUUCACCAGUAAAGACCAACAGUGUUUGACAUUGGCUGAGAACACCAAAACAGCAGUGAUAUUCAGAAGAACAAAUGCAGUUCUUUAUGAAAAAAGAAUUUAUCUUCUAGAAUGCAAGGAGGGAAAAGGGGUGGAUUACAGAGGAACAGAAGCCAAAACUCAGAAAGGUGUGCCGUGCCAGAAGUGGGUUGAUAAUGCCCCCCAUAAACCAAAUUACACACCUGAAAAAUAUCCUGAUGCAGGACUGGAGGAAAACUACUGCAGAAAUCCCGAUAACGAUGUAAAGGGACCCUGGUGUUACACAACAGAUCCUGCUACCAGAUUUGAUUACUGUAACAUCCCUGAGUGUGAAGUGGAGUGCAUGCACUGCAGUGGAGAAAACUACCACGGAGUAGUUGCGACAACGGUGUCUGGGCUUGAGUGCCAGCGCUGGGACUCCCAGCAACCUCACUCUCAUGGAUACCUCCCGGAAAAUUUUCCAGAGAAGGAUCUGAAGAUGAAUUAUUGCCGUAAUCCCGAUGGUGAACCUCAACCCUGGUGUUUCACUACCAGCCUGACUAAACGCUGGGAAUAUUGCAACAUUCCUCGUUGCACAACACCCCCACCAGUUCCUGCGCCGGGGCGUCAGUGUCUAUCAGGAAGAGGAGAAGACUAUCGAGGCACAAUCUCUGUUACUGAAUCAGGAAACACCUGUCAGCACUGGAGUUCCCAAACUCCUCACAGACAUGCUCGCACUCCUGAAAACUAUCCCUGCAAGAGCCUAGAGGAAAACUACUGUAGAAAUCCCGAUGGUGAGAAGAUGCCAUGGUGUUACACCACCAACAGAACCGCCCGGUGGGAAUAUUGCACCAUCCCCUCCUGUGAUGGGACAGAGCCAGAGGCCCCUGCUGUUGAUGUGCCUGAGCAGGCUCAAAUUACUGAGGAGUGCUAUCGAGGCAAUGGUGUGACUUACCGCGGCACAGCUUCUUUCACUCUCACGGGAAAGAAAUGUCAAGCCUGGAGCUCAAUGUCACCCCACCGACACAAUAAAACGGCAGACCAGUUCCCAAACGCGGACCUGAAGCAGAAUUAUUGCAGAAACCCAGAUGCCGACAGCCGCCCAUGGUGCUACACCACCGACCCCGGUGUGAGAUGGGAGUAUUGCAACCUGAAGAGGUGUGAUGACCGUGUACCAGUGACUUUGCCAAAACCUCCUCAGACAACACUGGAACCAAAUCCUGACUGCAUUAACGGUAAUGGUAAAGACUAUCGUGGCACAGUAGCAAAAACUGGAAGGGGCAGGACUUGUCAAGAGUGGAGUUCUCAGAGACCUCAUAGCCACGACUAUUUCACUCCCAUGACUCACCCAGGAGCAGGCCUGGAUAGAAAUUACUGCAGGAAUCCUGACGGAGACGUGAAUGGACCUUGGUGCUACACAACAGACCCAAGAAAAGCCUGGGAGUACUGUGACAUUCCCAAGUGCCCUCCUGCUCAGUAUGAGUGUGGAAAAGCCAAGUUCAGACCAAAGCUGUGUGCUCAAAGGAUUGUUGCUGGAUGUAUUUCGCAUCCCCACUCCUGGCCCUGGCAAAUCAGUCUCCGAACAAGUUUUGGCCUGCAUUUCUGUGGGGGAACUCUGAUAGACCCUCAGUGGGUUCUUACUGCCGCUCACUGCUUAGAAAAGUCCUCACGGCCAUCUGCGUAUAAAGUGUACCUUGGAUUACACAAAGAAAGAGCAUUAGAAGCAUCAGUGCAAAAACGAGACGUUGAGAAAUUGUUCAAGGAGCCACACAGGGCGGACAUUGCUCUGCUAAAACUGAGCAGCCCCGCAAUCAUUAAUAAUCACGUAAUCCCGGUUUGUUUGCCAAAAGAAAAUGCUGUGUUAGGAGGGAGAGAGGAGUGCUACGUGACGGGCUGGGGGGAAACAAAAGGAACUGGUGGUGAGGGCUACUUAAAGGAAACUGGUUUCCCUGUAAUCGAGAAUAAAAUAUGCAACCGCCCUGAAUUUUUGAAUGGUAGAGUCAAAAAACACGAGCUCUGUGCUGGGAAUAUUCAUGGUGGCACCGACAGCUGCCAGGGGGACAGCGGAGGACCUCUAGUCUGUCUGGACCAAGAUAAGUUUGUCCAACAUGGAGUCACCUCUUGGGGCCUUGGCUGUGCCCAACCCAUGAAACCUGGUGUUUACGUUCGAGUUUCCACUUAUAUUCCUUGGAUUAAGAGUGUAAUGGAAAACAACUGAUCCUGGGUAUGGACUGCCCUCUCCUGGAAAGCAGUAUGCACGUUAGAAAUACAAGAUUCCAAGUGCAAUAGUAAAGCUACAAUCAUUCAUAAGAAAGUAAAAAAAAAUAUGAUCAUCCAUUUUAAAUUGCUAUAAAUUAACAGUUAUUGCCAAGAAACCCAACUGACGGUGUGUUACCCUCUUUCUGUAAGUUCUAUGGUUUGCUAUGUUUGACAAUAGACUUACCCACCUCUGAAAUAUGUGUCAAAAAUCCCAACCUCAACUGUACCUGGACAUCUGCAUUUCAGUCUUACAUUAGACUCUAGAAUGACUUUUUCUUCUAAGGUUGACUUUCCCAAGAUAUUGUAUUUCCAACAACUGAAGAAAGGAGAAUACUUCUCUUUUUCUAUGAGUUGCCUGAGCCUCUUACCAAGUUAAU